UUGAGUGUCGAUGCUGGAAGGCGGAUCGGGGGAUGCCUCAGGCGGAGGAGGCGCAAGAUUGGCCACCCGCAACGAGGAUGCCGAGGAGGGGCAACAGCGAGGCACCUUCGGAUGCAGUCGGAGCCGACGGCCGCAGGGCCAUCGAAUGGCCCGUCGACCACUCGGCCUCGCAGUCCAUAUGGAGGAUUCUCAGUCAUCUCGUGACGCAGCAGUUCAUCAUCCUGAGUUCCAUGUAUGCUCAGCUCGUGGUCGUCAUUUGUGUUGCCUUUUUUAUAUCGGAAAUUGUGACUCCUCAAGUCCCACUCCUUUAUUUUGAGGGCUUUUAUUUGUACCUAUAUUCUAUGUCGCUCCUAUUUUUGCUAUACAUCUAUAUCUAUCUGUUACGUGAUUCUACGGCUGGGAGUGGAUUAAGUGCUGUGGCAAAGAAGAUAACCAUCCUGGAAAGCUUGCGAAGGCUGGGUGAGAAAGGGGUCGACAACGGUCCAGAUGGUCCUGUUCCACCCAGACUCAAAAAAUAUCGCAUUUCAGACAAUGACAAAAGCCACGGAAGUCUUUUCUUAAGGAUUGGUGCAAUAGCCUUUGGAUUAGGCACGAUGGUUUACAACGGAUUAGAGUUUGGAUCCUUCUUUGAAGUGCCUCCAUCAUCACUUUGCUACAAUGUAUUUUUGGGUUUAAAUCCCAUUUUACAGAUGAUCUUUACUUUUGCUCAAAUGUACUUCAUCUUCGUCAAUGCAAGACUAAACAUACAGAAAUUUAAAGUUGUCGCUAGGUUUGGCCUUAUGCAUAUAAUUGCCACAAAUUUAUGCGUCUGGAUCAGAACAGUUGGAAAAGAAGCGUUAGAAGCGAUUGCAGAAAACCAAAGAGAAAGUGGUCUUGGUUCAAGCUUGGAGGAACUUAUUUUGCCCUUCCGAGUAACUGAGCAUAACAACAGUUCCCUAAACUUGAGCAAUCCUUGUGAGAAGCAGAAUAUCAUGGGAUCCAUUGUAGCAGAUGCUUCGCCUUUCUUGUAUCCAUUUAUCGUCGAGUACAGUCUGAUUGCUGCAGCUGUACUAUACGUCAUGUGGAAGAACAUAGGCAACAAUCCCAUGUUUCGCAUCGAACAAAGUGCUGAAGACGCUUUAUCCAGAACUUCAAGCUCGCAAUCCUUUCACAGAGUUAACUGUGCCGGUUCCAGCAGAGGGUUGUUCGUAGGUCUAUUCCUCUUAGUAAUCUCGACAAUUUGUUUAAUUGUAUUUUUCGUUUUUAUCCACCACCAAGACCUAAGUCUCGUGGCUGUCUAUCUCUCCGAUUUAUCUCAUUCGAUCAUAAUGCUUGUCUCAAUUUUCGCUAUCAUCGUUGGGUUCUUCCGAGUUCGAUUACUGCGUUUCCAUUAUGAUCGGAAAGACCAUCUCCGAGACCUUCUACUUCGAGUCAGUGCCUUUGGUUUAUACACGUACGCUAUGUUUGGCAUUAUAGCUGGAACUCUUUCACCGUUGCACCACACUCCUAAUCUGCUGGUCAUGAUCACCAGCUGCCUCACCAUAAUCCAAGUCACCCUCCAGUCCCUAUUCGUUGCUGACAUCACGUGCAGAUCGACUCAUCUGCCUGAACAUGAUAAUACGAAACCUGGAAGACAAGUAAUAACUUUUCUCCUCAUGGUCAACUUAACUUUCUGGAUAAUCUAUACCUUCGAAAUGCAAAAGGUUCAAGCCAGUCCUGUACAGCUUGGAUUUUACGGAUUCAUGGCGUGGACAGUUAUAGUUAGAACAACAUUGCCUCUUAGUAUUUUUUUCAGAUUUCAUUCAUUUAUAACAUUUGCUGAGGUUUGGAAGAACUCUUACAAGAAUAUAUGCAAUUGAAACAAAUUAGAUCUUAUGUUUCUUCAAUUUUUAUCGGCUUUUUGAAAUGAUACUAAGUGGUGUAUUACGAUCUUAAGUGUAUUCGAGUUUGUUCAUUCACAAGUCAACUAUCUUUAUUUGGAAUGAAAUUUAGUGUGCCCUUACUAAAGAAAGUAAAACUAAAGAUUCUCCAAAAUCUUGGCAGUUAAAGCUGUGACACUUCGACAAACGUAGAAUACACUUUAAUGAUGGUUGAUAUAGUGCCAAAAAUUCAACGGAACAAUAUGUUUAUCAAUAUCUCAGUAGUCAGAAAAUUUGUAGUUUAGUAAGGUGUUUGCUGAAAGUAUACAUAUUUUUGCGUAAGCAUAAUUAACUUUUGAUGAAACAGAAAAAUUCUCGGAAUAAAUGCAUUAUAGUUUUGUUUUAAGUGUAAAUCGAUCAAUUUUUUUUUUUUUCAAAAAUAAAAACUUGAGAAAUGUUUGUAAAAAUGUACUUUCUAUUCAGAAUAAAUUUAUGUGGCAGAAGUGAUGAUAUUUUUCUUACGAAUAGGAACAGUCAAAGGUGGUACGAAUGUCUCUGAUCAGCUCUAACUUUUUUCAUACAAAAAUAUCAUUUGCUUCCUUAAUCAAGCCGAAAACAUACAUUUAAACCUAAAGGAAAUCAACUCAAUAACACUUCUGGACUCGAACAAACUUUUCAAAGACUCCUCUCAAACAUUUUAUAGACUUCAUUGUGAUUGCAAUUUUUCAAAUCUUUGUAAACUUGAACCUUUCUUAAAAGAACUUUUACACGUUGUUUAUAUAUAUAAAAAAAAAAAGUUCAAUCAAAUUUCUCGAAAUGCCAUUUUUGAGGGUCAAAGUGUCAAGAAAUUUUUUAUUCAAGAACUUUUUCAUCCUCACAAAAAGCGAUUUUUCUCAUUUUAGAGGGAAAGUAAGACAUCAUUCUCUGUAACAUUUUUAUAGAAUAGAUCCCUGCAUUGCAUACGCAUGGAAAUUAUUUUAAGGUACAAAAAAAAGCAUGCAUUGCAGGUUUUUCACUUUAAACAUUUUUCUUUGAAUUCUAAUGACAAUGUUUAAAAUAUGCAACUUUACAUAUGAGAGAACUAGAGGUAGUCCAUGCAAUUGAACUCCUGAUUUUAACAUUUUUCAUGCAAUUUUUAACAGUAAAUACUUUUUCGAGUCUUCCGUUAUUAUGCAACAACAUGCCCAUUGAGUGCAAUAAUAAUAACUCAUGAUUUUACUUUUAUAUGUCUAAGUACUAAUAUCCCUGAAAAAUAUUUAUAUUGUAGAAUAGUGUUUUGAAGUAUGAUUAGUACUAGAUUUCUCCCUCUUUGUAUGUUUUUUUUUUCCUAAAUUAAUUGAAAGGGAAGAGUAAUAUUUUUUUCUUGUCUAAAUGACUUAAGAGGUUUAAAAUGGAAGCGAAAAUGUAUUGUUGGUUGUAUUUGUGAAUCUGAUGUAUUCUUAAUGUAAUGAAUAUCGAUAAAUCAUAAUAUGUGUACUUACGUUUCAUUACUUAUCUGUGAUCAUUUUUCUUUUAUCAUUAUUAAUAGGUCAUGAUUUAUUUUUCUCAUUAUCAACUCAAAUUUCAUUCAGUUCAUUUUCGUAAAAAAUAAUUGGUUGUGUAUUAAGAAGAUAAUGUUAAUAAAUUUCGGUAGAUCUGAAAAAAAUUAAAAAAGAAACUGUACCGUUUUUCAAUGAUGAGUAGAAUUCGAUGAUCAUUUUACUAAAGUUUGUUAUUAAGUGUUGUGUGGUUUUAAUCAACUCUAUGUACCAAGAAGUAUUUUCAUUUGUAAUGCGUGUUGUAAUAUGUAUUAAUAAAAAGAUUCCU